AAUCACUGAAUUUGGGGCUAGGCUGUCUGCGCAGUAUCUUUCGACGGCUUGAGAGCUCGUGUGCGCAGCUAGCUAGCAAACAGGUAGUCAGCUUUUGAUCUCACAAUCAUUUCGAAGAGAAAAAGACCUGCGAGUGGUACUGAAAUGAAUAGACACCUUCAAUCACUGCUCCUACUGAGCAUCGCAUUCUCGUUCUCCUCCUUCGCCCUAGUUUCGGCCAAGGAGCGGAUCUACUAUGUGGGUAUCAUCGAGCGCGACUGGGACUACUCCCCAAACAAGAUGAAUGAAAUCACCGGAAAGAAUAUUACUGCGGACAGUCCAGAAGCCCAGUAUGUCAUACAGGGCCCCGGCAGGAUCGGUAGCCUGUACAAGAAGGCCGUCUAUCGCGAGUACACCGACGACUCGUACACCACGUUGUCGGACCGUCCGGAGUGGAUGGGAUUCCUGGGACCGAUCAUCUAUGGAGAGGUCGGGGACACAAUCAAGAUACACGCCAAGAACAUGGCAUCCAGGGAUUUCAGCAUGCAUCCUCAUGGUGUCUUCUAUCUCAAAGAUUCCGAAGGUGCCGUGUACGAAGACAACACCAGAGGCAAGGACAAAGCAGAUGAGCGCAUCGCACCAGGGGGCAGCCACACUUAUAUAUGGGAGGCGAACGAGAGGGCGGGGCCGGCAGAGGGAGGGCCCAACUGUGUCCCGUGGAUCUACCAUUCACACAUCGACGCCCCGUAUGGGACGAAUACAGGCGCUAUCGGUUUCAUGCUCAUUUGUAAGACAGGGCAGCAACAAAAGUCUUCGACUCCUUCCGAUCCUGGGCCAGUCUUUGGAUUGUAUCCCAUUCCCCUUCCACAGUUCUUCACCAAGUGUUUUUAG